UAGCAGCAGCAGCUCCUCCUCCUCCUCCAAAAAUGUCGCAGGAGCUUCUCCUCUCGCCGCGGCGCUUCUUUUCUUUCCCUCUUUUCUUUUUCUCCCAGCGCCCCUAAAACCCCACCGAAUUUGCAGCUGUCACAGCCGGAAACAGCGAGCUUCACCCGGACGUACGAACCGGCCCUUUUCCCCUCCCCACCUCUGAGGUGUUUAAACCCUCAGCCCGGCGCAUCCUCUCCCGCCCUCUCCCUCUCUCUCUCUCGCUCUCUCUCUCUGUUUCUCUCUCUCUCUCUCUCUCUCUCUUCAUCUCUCUCUGUCAUUGUCGGUGUCUCUCUCUCCUGAAACCGCCGCAGAACUCCGCCGACCGUCCACCAGGUGACUGCGCGGAGCGGAAUAUUCAUCAGCACCGCCAGCGUCGUCGUCUUUCAUCCCUCCGCUCCUUCGGACUCCAGAGGGACCGGAGCUGCCGCAUCCCUGCAUCCUUCCUCCCCUCGCCCCGCACCCUCUCCCCCCUGCGCUGUAUCCUCUCAUCCGGUUCGGGACAUUCUCCGCUCCACGCACACGCAGAUUAACGGGGAUUCUGCCUCCCCGCCCGAACACUGAUGCUGAUGUCCUUGAGCUCGGCCUGCACGGUCCUGGUGGUGUAGCACUAGCUACCUCUAAACUGGAUCUGCUUCCUGCCUGCGAUUUAUCAGCCACCUUUGACCUCUUUCCAUCUGUCCAUCAUCGCUUCACUCCUGUCUGCGAGUCCACCAGCAUGUCUGUCCGUUUGUCCACGGACCUGCCGUGACCCUGGAGGGAGGGGGACAGAGACGAGGAAAGAGUGGAGUCGCUGGGGAGACGGAGGAGAAGAAAGCUGGAUUCAUUCAGACGUCACGUCUCUGAAGUGCUCCUGCUUGCUUUCCUUCAUCCUCCUCACCCUCCUCCCUCUGUUAUGGAGAUUUAAAGGAGCAGUGGGAGGUUAGGUCAAGGUAGAUAGGAGGGGAAAAAACACAACCACCACCCCUUGCGAAGAAGAAAAAUAGAGAGAGGAAGAUUAAUUCAGUCACUCAGUUUAAAUAACAAUAACAAAGAAAAAAAAUAAGCGCACAUGAAAAACCCUUCACCUGCCAGACGAAGGAGGAGCUGAGUAGACUACGGAGAGAACGGACAAAAAACACAUCCAAGUUAUCUUACUGACAUGUCAACAACAGCAACCAUGGAGGAAAUGGCUAACAGCGCUGUGGAGUUUUAUCCCAAAGGGACUCGAGGCGGAGGAGGAGGAAGGGCAGAUGGCAGCCUCACAGGGGGAGACUUUGGGGUCACGGUGAAAGAGCUGAGGGAGCUGAUGGAGCUGAGAGGAACUGAAGCCCUACAGAAAAUCCAGGAUGGCUAUGGAGACACAGAGGGCCUCUGCCAGAGAUUACAGUCCAGCACCACUGAGGGUGUCAGCGGCGACCCAGCAGAUUUGGAACGUCGAUGUCAAGCUUUCGGCCGGAACUUCAUUCCCCCGAAGAAGCCCAAGACAUUCCUGGAACUAGUGUGGGAGGCUCUACAAGAUGUCACCCUCAUCAUCUUGGAGGCUGCCGCCAUCAUUUCACUCGGCCUCUCCUUCUACCAGCCGCCUGGGAAGGAAAGUGAACUGUGCGGGGAAGUGAGUGGCGGAGCGGAGGAUGAAGGGGAGGCUGACACAGGCUGGAUCGAGGGCGCUGCCAUCUUGCUUUCUGUUGUGUGCGUCGUCCUGGUGACGGCGUUUAAUGACUGGUCCAAAGAAAAACAGUUCCGGGGUCUGCAGAGUCGGAUCGAGCAGGAGCAGAGGUUUGCGGUGGUUCGGAAAGGAAACGUCAUCCAAAUUCCCGUGUCGGACAUGGUGGUGGGGGACAUGGCUCAGGUCAAAUACGGUGACCUGCUUCCAGCUGACGGUAUCUUGGUCCAAUGCAAUGAUCUGAAGAUAGACGAGAGCUCCCUGACAGGAGAGUCUGACCACGUGCGCAAAUCUGUGGACAAGGACCCCAUGCUCCUCUCAGGAACCCAUGUGAUGGAGGGCUCAGGUAGGAUGCUGGUGACAGCCGUAGGUGUCAACUCCCAGACGGGCAUCAUCUUCACCCUCCUUGGUGCAGGAGACAUGGAGGAGGAUGGAAAAGAAAAGAAAGGAAAACAAGCUGAUGGAGCUGUGGAGAACAAUCAGAAUAAAGCCAAGAAGCAGGAUGGUGGUGUUGCUAUGGAGAUGCAGCCCUUAAAGAGUGCAGAGGGAGGAGAAGUGGAGGACAGAGAGAAGAAGAAGACAAGUGUCCCAAAGAAAGAGAAGAGCGUUUUGCAGGGAAAGCUCACCAAACUGGCUGUGCAAAUCGGCAAAGCAGGUUUGGUGAUGUCAGCCAUCACUGUCAUCAUUCUGGUGCUGUACUUUGUCAUAAACACAUUUGUCGUUAAAGGUCAUACAUGGCUAACAGAAUGCACUCCGAUAUACGUCCAGUAUUUUGUCAAGUUUUUCAUAAUCGGAGUCACUGUGCUGGUGGUGGCUGUCCCAGAAGGCUUACCUCUUGCUGUCACUAUUUCUCUGGCCUAUUCUGUGAAGAAAAUGAUGAAGGACAACAACCUUGUACGGCAUCUGGAUGCAUGUGAGACCAUGGGGAAUGCCACGGCCAUCUGCUCCGACAAGACCGGCACGCUCACCACCAACCGGAUGACUGUAGUGCAGACUUACAUUGGCGACGUGCACCAUCGUGUGAUCCCAGAUCCUGGACUGGUCAAUCCUCAGACGCUGGAUCUGCUAGUCAAUGCAAUCGCCAUCAACAGCGCCUACACCUCCAAGAUCUUACCACCGGACGUGGAGGGGGGUCUAGCCAAGCAGGUGGGCAACAAAACAGAGUGCGGCCUGCUGGGACUUGUCUUAGGCCUUCAGCGGGACUACGCCCCUGUAAGAGAGCAGGUCCCUGAGGAGAAACUCUACAAGGUGUACACAUUCAACUCAGUGCGCAAAUCUAUGAGUACUGUGAUCAAGCUGCCUGAUGGCACCUUCCGCCUUUACAGCAAAGGAGCCUCUGAGAUCAUGUUGAAAAAGUGUUCCUACGUCCUGGAUGCCAAUGGAGAACCUCGCAGUUUUCGUCCACGCGACAGAGAUGAGAUGAUCAAACAGGUGAUUGAACCAAUGGCCUGUGAGGGCUUGAGGACCAUCUGCAUCGCCUACCGUGAUCUGCAGCCAAAUCCGGAGCCAGAAUGGGACAACGAGGCGGAAAUAGUGACAGAACUGACCUGCAUCACUGUGGUUGGAAUAGAGGACCCUGUUCGGCCCGAGGUGCCGGAAGCCAUCCGGAAGUGUCAGCGCGCGGGCAUCACAGUGCGGAUGGUAACUGGUGACAACAUUAAUACAGCGAGGGCCAUCGCUGCCAAGUGCGGCAUCAUACACCCUGGAGACGAUUUCAUCUGUCUGGAUGGAAAAGAGUUUAACCGGCGAAUCAGGAACGAGAAGGGGGAGAUUGAACAGGAACGUAUAGAUAAAAUCUGGCCCAAGCUGCGCGUGUUGGCUCGGUCCUCGCCGACAGACAAGCACACACUGGUUAAAGGCAUCAUUGACAGCAGCAUCAUGGAACAGAGGCAGGUUGUCGCGGUAACAGGAGACGGGACUAAUGACGGACCAGCUUUGAAGAAGGCUGAUGUGGGCUUUGCCAUGGGUAUCGCCGGGACAGACGUGGCUAAAGAGGCAUCCGACAUCAUCUUGACUGAUGACAACUUCAGCAGCAUUGUCAAGGCCGUGAUGUGGGGACGAAACGUCUACGAUAGCAUCUCCAAGUUCCUGCAGUUCCAGCUCACGGUCAACGUAGUGGCUGUCAUCGUGGCCUUCACCGGGGCAUGCAUCACUCAGGAUUCUCCUCUGAAGGCGGUGCAGAUGCUUUGGGUGAAUUUGAUCAUGGACACGUUUGCCUCGCUCGCUUUGGCCACCGAGCCCCCGACUGAAGCCCUGUUGCUACGAAAACCCUACGGUCGAAACAACCCGCUCAUCUCUCUCACCAUGAUGAAGAACAUCCUCGGCCACGGCGUGUAUCAACUGGUUAUCAUCUUUACUCUGCUGUUUAUAGGCGAGCGCAUGUUUAACAUCGACAGCGGUCGCAACGCGCCGCUCCACUCCCCGCCCUCCGAGCACUACACAAUCAUCUUCAACACCUUCGUCCUCAUGCAGCUUUUCAACGAGAUCAACGCUCGCAAGAUCCACGGAGAGAGAAAUGUCUUUGACGGCAUAUUUGGCAAUCCCAUCUUCUGCUCCAUUGUUUUGGGGACCUUUGCAGUGCAGAUUGUGAUCGUGCAGUGGGGAGGGAAGCCCUUCAGCUGCGCCCCUCUCAAUGUGGAGCAGUGGCUCUGGUGUCUGUUUGUGGGUGUUGGAGAGCUGCUGUGGGGGCAGGUGAUUGCCACCGUGCCAACGGAGCGGCUGCCAUGUCUGAAAGAGGCUGGGCUUGGCCUGGAGCCUGGGGAGGAGGAAGGGGAGGAGCUGGCGGAGGAUGAGGAGGAGAUUGACUGCGCUGAGCGAGAGCUGCGUCGCGGACAGAUCCUGUGGUUCAGAGGGCUCAACCGUAUCCAGACUCAGAUGGAGGUAGUGAGCACAUUCAAGCGAAGCGGUUCGUUUCAGGGAGCGGUGAGACGGCGCUCCUCCGUGCUCAGUCAGCUCCACGACGUAAACACUAUCUCUACCCCCUCUCACGUAGCUCUCUCCACCGCAACAGCCAAUACCAGCCCAGCCCCUGGGAAUGCGAGUGGUGAAAGCAUUCCGUAGCUCGCUGUACGAGGGCCGGGAGAGACCAGAAUCCCGCAACUCCAUCCACAACUUCAUGGCCCACCCAGAGUUCCUCAUCAACGACCUCAUCCACAACAUCCCACUGAUCGACGACACUGACGUGGACGACGAAUCAGAGCUCAGCAGAUACCAGCACCUGCACCCGGCCCUCCGCAAGCCGCCGCCCCCCCCGGCCCAGCCCCCGGCCCGCACCAGGCCGACCCGGCCCUAUCGCCAGUACAGCCUUCCAGUGACCCCGUGUAACCGUAACAACAACAACAACAGCAGCAGCAGCUCCACGGUCAGCAACAAGAACAACAUCAAAGUUUCCCCUGACAACCAGAGUCACCAUCACAAACAUCACCACAGCCAUCACGGCAGGCCCAGGCCCGUGAAAGCCCCCGCCCCCCACCCAGCACAUCUCUUCUGCGUGGAGACGUCCUUAUAACUGGGAGAAAGGGAAUCCCAAACCCCACUAAGAUGAGGGGAGGGAUGAAAGGGUUGAGCAUGAGAGAGGGCUGAGAACACAGUGACAUUUUCAUCCAGUCUCCCUCAAAACAAGCUCACAGAAAAGAGGACGGGCGGAGAGGCGGGGGGUGGAGAAUGGCUGGAGACUUCUGCUCGCAGCUCUCUGAGAACAACUUUUCCUCCCUUUUCCUCUCUCCGGCCCUCAGUUUGAUUGAUUUUCCACCUCGAUACCCCCGGGCCCCUCCCAGUCUUGUCAUACUCACCGUGUCGUCCUGAGCAACGGUUCGGAUGGGGAGGGAAGGUGGUUGUGUUGCCGGGGCAUUGGGGUUGGGGGGGCAGGUGGGACACCCACAAAAAAAAACCAUAAAAGCUUUUACACGACCGGUCAUGUGACUUCGGGGGCUGACUCACUCUGAUUCUAACAGUGUUCAUUCUUAGUGUCGUUGCCACCUACUUACCCACCACCCACCCACCCACCCACACCUCUCUGGAUACAGCCACUCUAAGGUCACUGCUCUGCUUGCGAUAUAUGUGAAGCGCUUUGUUGAAGCUUUACCUAGACCUCAGUCACUUCCAUCUCGCCUGCAUUUAUUUCCCCCCAUGCUGGUGUUCAUUUGUUUCCUUACUUAACAGAUUUCGUUCGCCCCUCUGUUUUUCAGUCUGUGUACGUGUGUUCUCUUUUCUCUACUUAUGAAAAAAAAAAAACUGACAAGAACAGAAAUUGCAGAGAAAAAAAAAAGCUAUUUACUUAAAUCUAUAAGUAAACUGACUGGAUGCAGAACUAGGUGGGGGUAUCACAAAUGUAUACAGAGUGUGGACAAGUAAUUUCCAUGUUUGGGAAGCAGGUUAGGGUCACCCCACAACCCCCCAACACUCUUCAUGUUCGUCACAUGACCUCAUAGGGAUUUCUCCAUGACUCAUAAAUCCUACGGGAUCUCCCCCCAUGUCCACAUAUUUCUGUUUUGUCUCAUGAUCUUCUCUCUUGCUGUUCCUCCUUUGCUCAUUUUGUGUCGUCCCUCUCGCUACUUUUGUGAUGGAAAUACGUAAGAGGGCUUUUUUCCUUUCUGAGGAAGAAGCUGAUCGCUAGUGAAGCAUUAACCCUUUAAAACGCCAUUAAACAUGCACGAUUCACAGGCGACGUCCCUUUAAGACUCACUUGUACC